AGCAGAGUUAUGCCCGUAGCUGAAGAGCGGCUCGGGGUGGAGAACGGUUUUGGUUAAAGGUACAGAGCUAAGUUCGGACUCUAGAGAUUCAGCAAUCCUAGGAUGGGAUCCGUUUGCAUCUGCACUUGAGCCAUUAAUAAAGAUGUCUUUCUUCUUUUAACCGUCGCAGCAGAUUAUAAGACACUGUUGACCAGAAAUAAAAAAAAAAAAGCCUUUGGAGGUCAUAUCGUCUUCACGAUCAUCUUCUUAGAACCCAUUUCUGUGUGUUGGGAUCGAAAAAGUACUAUUUUCAAAUCCAGAGCUAAGAAAAUACUGAGGCUGUUGGAAAUGAACCUGAACGGAAUUUUACACCUUGAAUAUGCAAAUUUCCACUCUUGCAUUAGUUUAAAAAAACACACACCUAAAUUCUGGUGUUUAAUUGACGCUUUUUUAAAAUACUAAAUUGUUUGCUUCUUUUGCCUAGGUCUCUGUGUUGGUUAGUUGAAACAAAAAAAUAAAUAUGGCCUUCUCCAGUUAUAAUUCAUUCUUAGCUAUUUUCUGGACAAGAUUGCCUAGCCAUUCUGUGUACCCUCCCUGCUCUCACUUCCCACCACUUGCAUUUUUCCACUUGCCAGAUUCUCACUUACGUACAACCUACAUGAAAAACUGUGGAAGCAGGAAGUACUCCUAUCCCAGUCUAACAGGCAGUAAUAAAGUCCAUCCACUACGAACUAGACUCUCACAAAAACUGCACACGACAUGCUGGCUACAAAAUGCCGCCGGUAAACCUCAGCUGGAGCAAACAGGCAAGCCAAAGGUGACAAGCCCUCAGCCUACCAAAGAAGCCGAGACAGAGAUUACAGAAGAAAAGCGGUCCUUGAGACAAAAAAUCAUAGACGAACUUAAGUACUAUUACAAUGGAUUCAGUUUACUUUGGAUUGACACCAAAGUCGCUGCCAGAAUAGUUUGGAGGCUGCUGCAUGGACAGGCGCUAAGCAGACGAGAGAGGCGAAGGCUGUUGAGAACAUGUGCUGAUGUCUUCCGCUUGGUCCCGUUUAUGGUGUUCAUAAUUGUACCUUUUAUGGAAUUCUUGAUACCAGUGUUUCUGAAGCUCUUCCCAGACAUGUUGCCAUCAACUUUUGAAAGUGAAUCCAAAAAGGAAGAAAAACAGAAAAAGACGAUGGCUGCCAAAUUGGAAAUAGCAAAAUUCCUUCAAGAAACAAUGACAGAGAUGGCGAGGAGAAACCGAGCCAAGUUGGGAGAUGCUUCUUCACAGCUUUUCUCCUAUGUGAAACAGGUCCAAACAGGUCACAAGCCCUCCACUAAGGAGAUAGUUCGCUUCUCCAAACUCUUCGAGGAUCAGUUAGCCCUGGAACACUUAGACCGACCCCAGCUGGUUGCCCUGUGUAAGCUGCUAGAAUUGCAGGCCUUCGGGACAAACAAUUUGCUCCGCUUCCAGCUCCUGAUGACACUGAAGUCUAUAAAAGCAGAUGAUGAAAUAAUUGCCAAAGAAGGGGUGAAGGCUUUAAGUGUGUCAGAACUACAGUCUGCAUGCCGGGCCCGGGGGAUGAGGUCGCUGGGCCUCACUGAGGAGCAGCUGUGCCAGCAGCUCACAGAGUGGCUGGACCUCCACUUGAAGGAGAACGUCCCUCCUUCUCUUUUGCUCCUGUCUCGUACCUUCUACCUGAUAGACGUGAAGCCAAAGCCCAUUCAACUCCCACCAAGUAUAGAGACUCCACAGUCAAACCUUGGGAUACCGUCAUCUCCGACCCCUGAGUCAAAGGAGAACAUUACAGACCCUGCACCUCAGCUAAAGGGAACGAAGGAUGAAGAAUUUAUACAACUGCCCCCAGUACCAUCAUCACUCAUAACACCAGCAGCAACUAUUUCCAAAGAAGCAGUAAGUAACCUACAGAGAAACCUCCCCGGUUAUCUGGAAGGGCAUUGGAGCUGCAGUACCAUGCGUACCACAAACCAUGACAUCAUUCCUGCUGCCAUCCAGACAGGAAUGUAGGCUGGACUCCAGCCUUCUCAUAAGCGCUACCUUUCCCCUUCAACUGUCCAAAAGUAGAGGGAAAAGCCAGCGCCCUGGUGGAGCAACCUAAGCAUGAACGUCUAGAAGCUAAUUACACUAUAGGCAGAGCCUUAGUUUUAAGUGCUAAAUGCAAAUAGUUCCCACAUGUUAUGUAGUUUACACAGGCUUCUGAUGUCAGGAAAUAGAAGCAGGAAAGCAAUUAAAGUUUUAGAAAAAUACAUGUAAAUAGGAAAUUUCUGUGCCCACUUCUCCCAUUUGGGCCAGGUAAUUUGGGGGAGGUCAGAAAGCAUGACAAGCAAACAGAAGUGGGCGGCUGGGGAGAGGUGAACUGCGUCUGACAGUCCACCGUAGGCCAGUCUGUGAGCCUGUGGCUGGGCUGGCGUUCAGAGGACCCCAUGCUUAUCACCAAAGCAAUCACACCAGUAUCAUCUCAUGGCCACUGUCUCUCUGCGCUUCUUUGGGGAGGGUUGAGGACGUUCACACUGAACGCAGUUCAGGCUUUCCUGGAACUUAGGCCAGGUCUACCUCACCAGCCUCGGGGCAGGGAUUACAGACAGUCAGGUGGAGAGCACGGGCAUGACACACACGUCGAACAUGGCUUGUGGCCAUUAGUUUGGAUAAGAAGGUCAAAGUGGAUGCUCGCAGAAUUUAAGCUACUUGUGACCAAAGCCUAAAGUCCUGUUUUAUACCCAGAUCCUCCAGGCCAAAUCCCAGGAGACCUCACAGAACAGCAAGGCUAAUUCAAAAGGAGCCUAAGGAUCUCCUGAAGAUAUAGCUCCCUCUCUCCAGGCACUGCCCCUCAGCAGUGGCGUCCAUCCACGAAGGAAUUCUAGCUAAGACUGUCUGGCUUGAGAUAAAGGACCAGCCAUUACGUCGUCGGAGGCCUCGUGACCAUUCCAGAGAUUCGAGCAGUGACACCAAGCUCAGGCCAUUUGGAGAAGCUUAAUUACAGCCUAUCUCUACUGUAUGAUCUUGUCAUCUUAGCAAACGUUGCAUAAAGCCACUCCCACCA